AUUACAUACUUAUGGCUAAUUAAGGCCAAUGUGUUAAAAAUAGCUGAACAGGUUAUUUUCCUUUGGCUGCACCAAUCCUCUGCAUGCUUGCUAUGAUCACAACAGAGGCUCAUUGGCCGUAAAGCACUUGCUAUACCCAGAGCUCACGAUGGCCACUGUGUAAGUGCCGAUAUCGCCUGUUUUACGGUCGAAAGUCAGUCCACCUCAGCAGGUUUCACCAGUGAUAAGCUCAUAAAGGAGGCUUGUUCUGUGUAGUGGGCGAUGAGAUGAGCUGAGUGUUAGCCAAUGCACAAUAAAUAACAGAGAUUGCCCUGGGUGUCAAGGGAGGGAAAACAACCUUCCAGAGUUCCAUUUAUUUUUAUUUUCAGUUUCAUUUCUUUAGAGAUACAGCAUUGAAUAGGCCCUCCCAGACCUUUGAGCUGCACUGUCCGGCCACCCCCGAUUUAACCCUAACCUAAUGUUGGGACAAUUCACAAUGACCAAUUAACCUCCCAGUACGUCUUUGGACUGUGGGAGGAAACCCGUGCUUUCCACAGCGAGGAUGUACAGAAUCCCCUUACAGAGGAUGCUGGUAAUGAACUCUGAACCCUGAUACCCUCAGCUGUAAUAGCGUCACACUAAUUGCUACGCUACCAUGGCGACAUUAUAGAUGGGUAAUGGAGCCUAGCUGAACAGGUCAUUGCCCAGUAGGACCGUACUUCAGUUGCAGAGCUGCAAAUGUACUUUCCAUUGAUUUGUCAAUCUAGCUGUGAGAUGCCUUCAGAUGGGAGUUUCAAACAGAAGUCUGCCACUAAAAAGCUAUGCUUCCCAUUGUGGCUUCGUCCAUCGUUACUCUUUAUUUUCUGGAACUGACUGACCUCUUCAGACCAGCGAAGGUGGGCUUUCAGUGCUAUGACCGAGCGCUAAGCAUGCCUUACGUCGAACCCAGUGAGGAACUUAUCCCUUUGCUGAUGCUCCUCAGCCUGGCCUUUGCUGGUCCAGCAGCCUCUAUUAUGAUUGGUGAAGGGAUUGUCUACUGCUGCCAGUCAAAACUGAAGAAUAAGGAAUGCUCCGAAGGCAGCAUUAACGCAGGUGGCUGUAACUUCAACUCCUUCCUCCGACGCACCGUAAGGUUUGUUGGUGUACACGUCUUUGGACUCUGUGCCACAGCUCUUGUGACCGACAUCAUUCAGCUGGCGACUGGGUACCAUGCCCCUUUCUUCCUCACCGUGUGCAAGCCAAACUACACCCUGCACGGCAUCUCCUGUGACAACAACCCUUACAUUACCAAGGAUAUCUGCUCUGGCUCUGACCAUCAUGCCAUUGUGUCAGCGAGGAAGAGCUUUCCUUCCCAACAUGCCACAAUCUCUGCCUUUGCAGCGGUGUACAUCUCGAUGUACUUUAACUCCACGAUAUCUGACUGCACCAAGCUACUGAAGCCAGUUCUGGUAUUCGCCUUUGCAAUUGGUGCAGGAAUCUGUGGCCUGACUCAGAUCACUCAGUACAGAAGCCACCCGCUGGAUGUGUAUGUGGGCUUUAUCAUUGGGGCCGGGAUUGCUGCAUACCUGGGGUUUCAUGCAGUCGGGAACUUCAAGGCAUCAGAGGAUACGUCUCCCAGCAGACCAUCUGCUAAGAGUGGGCUCAGACCCCUGGCACACCUCCGCCAUGACUCGGUCUACCAGCAGAGCAAAUCCCUCAGCACAGACGAGCUCAAUCCACAGCCCCGGCUCGACGGAUUGGAACAGCAGCUGGCCCAAAGGGAGAAGAAUUCCCUGAACAGCUUGAAGCGGGCCAGCGUUGACGUGGAACUGCUGGCACCACGCAGCCCAAUGGGCAAGGAGAACAUGGUGACCUUCAGCAACACCCUUCCCCGCGUCAACACCCCAAACCUGGAUGAAGCUGCCCGCCGUCACAUGACCAUUCACGUCUCAAUGGAUGCCUCUCGGUCCAAGCAGCUGAUCUCCCAGUGGAAGCAGAAGUCAGUCGAUGCCAUGUCACUGGAUCAUGACCCAGCUAUCAGCCAGUCACAGCCGCAGAUGAGGACGGCUCUGGAGCUGAGGGGUGUGGGCUUUGACCAAGAGGAGCCCGCCCCGUCAUCACUCUAUCCCAUGGUGCAGGCUAGAAACUCGGAGAGAGGCGGCGGUGCCCGUGUCCUCAUCCAGUCGCGGCCUGGGCCGUCCCAGCUGGUCCACAUCCCCGAGGAGACCCAAGGGAACACCAGCACGUCCCCCAAGAGUAACUCAGCUCGGGCCAAGUGGAUGCUCAUGGCGGAGAAGGGAGGUGUGCCGCGACCUAACAACCAGCCCCGCAUCAUGCAGGUGAUCGCCAUGUCGAAGCAACAGAGCAUGAUCACCGUCACACCGAAGCACUCUGAGGGCUCCAGUAGCUCCGACUCCUCCCACUAUAAGUCUCCUUCAGACCGUGACUCUUCCAGCAUCGUCACAGUGGAUGCCCAUGGAUCCCACCCUGUCGUGCAUGUUUCCUCUGGGAAUGGCGUGGGACCCUGGGAGUGGAAGUCCCCUCAGGGCAGCAUGGAUGUCCACGAGGCUUAUGAACUCAAUGACCUAAACCGGGACUACAGAAGCUAUAGGUCGGCCAAAAAUAAUGGCAACUCUUCGGGUUCUUCUGCCAGUGACCUCGAACAGGAGGAUACACAUUUCUGCAGCGUUGCCACCAUUAAUGUCAGCGGAGCUGAGAGGAGCGAAACCAAUUCGGACACACUGACCAUUGGCUCCAGCCGGGAUUCAACCCUCAGAAGAAAGCCCAACACUGUGUAUCUGGGCGAGCGGGACUGCAGCGCUGACACUGACCAGGAGGCUUACUUGAAGAAACUUCAAGCUAACAGGAGAUUCAAAGACUAGACGGAGUGACAGCUCUUCCCUGUCGUACCAAACUGUUCGGAAUUGGUUAUCCAUGCAGUGCAUUUGUUCUCACAUUGAAUCUAACAGGAACAGUUGCCUAAGAUUUUCUGCUAUCAGACCUUUUCAGAGGAUAACUCAUAACUUACUUCAAAGCUGAUUUCUUUGCAGUUUGAAACUUCCCCUUUGAACAAAGGACAUCCUGAAAACUGGAGACCAACAUUGAAUAAUCCGACCUCUGGAGAUAUUGGUUGACAUUAUUUAGAAAGAAUUGCAUUUAAUAGCACCUUUCAUGACUCAAGAACUGGCCCACAGCUAAUUACUGACUUAAGAGGCCUUGAUUGUUUAAACUCGCAUGAUACUUGUUUUCUCAUCUGAGUUUAAGGCUUUUGGAUUUUUUGUUUGCCCAGCAUUUAAAUUGCAGAUUUAAAUUAGUAAUGCCUGAGGAAAUAAGAGAUGAAAUUUGUAAUCUGUAGGUGAUGCCGAUGGUGUACUUUGUUUUAUCGUAGCUUACUGAUAUAUUGGUCAGCAUUCUCUGCCAAGCUCAGGACUUUGCAGAAUGCAUGUGAAGAUGGAGAUCUAGUACAUCUGUGCCAAACUAUCGCCAGCCCUUUACAACAAAAGGUUUGGUGUAAACUUGCUGAUGGUUCCAAUGCCUAAGCACUUUAGUGCUAAAGUCUUUUGAUUGACAAUGUCACUGGUUGUAAAUUUGCAAGCAAAAUGGUAUUCACUUUCCUUGCUCCACAAAACAUCGAUGUGGAACUCCAGAACAAUGAAAGUAAAAUCCUUCAGAUGCUGAAAGUAUUAACUAAAACUAGCAUGAGAUGGAUCCCAGCAAGUCAGGUUGCAUCCACAAAGAAAAGCAGAAUGAAUGGUUUUGGUUUAUUGCAAAUCUUGGAAAAAGAUAAUCUAUUGUAAUAAUUCAUUCAUCCCCGAAGUUGCCCGACUCAGAGUAUGUCCAGCUAUUCUUGCUUAUGUUAGAAUAAUUAUGAAUUGAUCUGAACAUGAUCACUAUAAUAUAGAAGAAGAUGAAACCUCUAAGACAGAUCUACUGGAAAACAGAUUAUUAAAUUUUAAUGUAGGACAGGUAUUGUCCAGUUUUGAAAUGAAAGCAAUAUAUUGUACUGCAAUACACUAACUAUUGUAGUCUACGUGAAUACCCGCGCUAUCUGGGAUGUGGAUGACAAUUGCUGCUGUCUGUGGUGUUUAUCUCAUUGAACUUUGCACCUGGUAUUUUAGCAAUCCCAGAUGGAAAAACUCACUCCAAGGCCAUCACUGUGAUGUUCUCGCACGUGUGAUUCAGUCGAACAAGUUUUCAGCCACUUGCUAAUCUGUCCAGUCCACUGAAUGUGCACCUCACACUGCCCAGUUUACCCUGGCAUCAGCCCACCACUACCCCCCCACACACAAACACACUGAAACUAGAGAGGCCAUACAGCCCCUCGUCCAUUCAGCUAAAUGUAUCCUCCUUUUGCUGAAGGUUGAAUGUGGUGAAAAAUAAGGAUUCAGUCAGGAGGAAAUCAGAUCAAGCGAGCAAGUCAGCUGUUUUUACCUUCAGGUCUGCAGUGGCUGCUUUGCCCUUUCAAAUUAACCAUUUGGUGAUUAAAUACCUUCCUGAUGAUUGUGAGUUUUUCAGGAUUUGAAACCCAUUGAGAACCAUUUUUAUGAUUGUCACUGGCUUAUUCCAAAAGCUGCAGAGAAUGUUUGCUCAAUAUUUACUCUGGAGCUAGUAGCCUGCUGUUGUUCCACAGGAUGACUGGUCAGUUUUAUUUUUCAUCAUUAAUUGGUAGAGCCAGCUUACCCAAAGCAGAGAGCUAAUUCUUGGACCUUUGGUGAAGUUAUGCAGCCAUUACAGAUGUGCAGACAAUGAAAGGGAGGAGGUUGUGUUUGAGUGACAGACAACGGAGAGUAGUAAGAUUGUUGGCCAAAAUAAGAUACUCGGAUAGACAAAGGAGUGGGAGGUCAGUGGCAUAUUUAGUGGGUGCCCGUGGUCCCGAAAUGGCAUUAAAGAAUGACAACAAAAGGUUACAUCUAACUCGGUGGUGUUGGGAAGCUGAGAUAGUAGAUGAACACAGGCACACUCCUGGAACCCUUGCAUUUAAUUAUUUGCUUGUGUAAAUAAAUGUUUACUGACAUAUUGGAGGCUGGCUCCAAAAAGCUCUUCCGUCCGUGCUCGUCUGAAUGAUUACUGUUCAUAGAGUAACUUUGUUAUUAACUGUGAGGAAUACUGCACUUGGUUUUGUGAAGCUAACUGUUGUACUAUGCCAGUGAUUUUAAUGGUAGCUCCUGCUGUUCUGAAGUAUUUUGUACCUGGAGGGUGUCACUUGAACAGAAACAAACUUUAAAAUUACUUGUGAAUUCAAUAAAUGUCAUUUUAAGAAAAGAGUUGAGUGGAUUAAAUAAGACUGUGUUUCUGAGUGGAUCAUUUCUA